UGGCGUCGGCGUCGCGCGCUCCGCUUCCUGUUGUCAGAGGCUUGGAGGCCGCCGCGUCCCGCUGGCAGGCUGAGGGGCUGCUGCCGCCCGGAGCGCCCCCCGCCCAGCUCCCCGCUCCCUUCGGUCAUCAAGAAGAAGCUAGUGGGAUCCGUGAAGUCAUUGCAGAAGCAGUAUGUGUCCCUGGACACGGUGGUCACUAGUGAAGACGGAGACGCCAACACCAUGUGCAGUGCCCUGGAGGCCGUGUUUAUCCACGGCCUUCAUGCCAAGCACAUCCGAGCUGCAGCUGGAGGAAAGAAGAAGAAAUGUGCCCACCAGAAACCUCUGCCUCAGCCUGUCUUCUGGCCCCUUCUGAAAGCUGUCACCCACAAACACAUCAUCUCAGAAUUGGAGCAUCUGAUCUUUGUCAACACAGACGUGGGCCGCUGCCGGGCGUGGCUGCGGCUGGCCCUCAACGACGGCCUGAUGGAGUGCUACCUGAAACUGCUCCUCCAGGAGCAGGCCCGGCUGUGCGAGUACUAUCAGCCCACAGCCCUGCUUCGAGACGCCGAGGAGGGCGAGUUCCUCCUCAGCUUCCUGCAGGGGCUGACGUCCUUGUCCUUUGAACUCUCCUACAAGUCUGCCAUCUUAAAUGAGUGGACGCUCACCCCAUUGGCCCUCUCUGGGCUUUGCCCACUCUCUGAGCUUGACCCUCUCACUACCUCUGGCGCAGAACUACAGCGAAAGGAGUCUCUGGAUUCAGUUUCCCAUUCCUCAGGUUUAGAGGACAUUGAAGUCCAGCACUCAGGCCAUAAGAUCCAGCAGAGUAGGAAGCUCACUGCCUCCUCGCUCAGCCUGGACACAGCCGGUUUGUCACAGCUGUUCUGCAGCCUAAACUCUGAUAGCUGCCUACUCCAAGAGAAUGGCUCCAAGAGUCCAGACCAUUCCGAGGAGCCCAUGUCCUAUGACUCAGACCUGGGUAUAGCCAAUGCUGAUGAUUCAGACCGAUCUCUUCAAGAAGUGUUCUCAGAAUUCAGCAAAGCCCAGGUAAACUCUGUGCCAACCAACAGACUGAGCCAAGAAUUGGAGAUUCCCACGCUCCAAACCUCGCUGUCCCGCCACGGCCUCGACACCAACACACACCUACACUUUGAUGUGCCGGCAGAGCUCCUUCCUGCCCAAGCAUCCUCUGGGCCUCGCGAUGGUGGCCACAAGCAGCAGCUGCUUUCCCAUGUGCCUGGCACCCUGGAUUUGCAGCAGCCAGGUACUGCCCCAGCUGUCCCUGCAGAGAGCCAUGCCAGCAGCCUUCUAGUACCGGGAGAGGCAACCAGAGCAGCCAGUCAACGGAGUGGCCUGCAGAAGGCCCUGGAGGAUGACAGAGCUGGGCCGAAGCUUGUGGUUUCCUCACCCACCAGCCCGCACUUGGUUGAAUCCAUGGAUGUGGAACCCUCGGAUGUGGAGAACCGACUAAUUAUAGGGCAUUUAGGGACCGUCUAUACAGUGUACCAAAGGUACACUGAGGUGAUAAUUAACAUGCAGUUGCAAGAAGAGAAAGUUGUGUCUUUUCUAACUUUGUGCAGCCUUCUGAUUACAUAAAGGAGAAAGUCUGCAUGUGGUCCUUAACACCUCUUUUUCACUUGCUAAUCUCUCCUAUUAGCAUGGGUCAGGACUCCAGCCACAGCUGCCAGCCAGUAAGAUAUCUAGCUAGAAUGUACAAAAAACAUGAUCUUAUUUUUAUUUUAUUUAUUUUACAGUUACCUACUACCUGUGACAUGAUAGUGAGUUUCUAGUUAUGGUAAUAAUGUUCCAUAAAAUAAAUUUAUUUUGGAGAAUAUAUUGCAAAUCAUAUAUUCAUCAAAGGACUAACAUCCAGCAUAUAUAAAGAACUUUAAAAACAUCAAUAAAAAUAAAAAAUAGAAAAAUGGGCAAAAGACUUAAUACUUCACAAAAAAGGAUAUGUCAGUGGACAAUAAAUAUAUGAAAAGUAUGUAAUUUCAUUAGUCAUCAGAGAAAUGCAAUUUAAAACCGCAAGGUAAUAUCACUAUAUGCCCACCAGGGCUAAAAUGAAAGAUUACAGUAUUAAGUGUUGGCAAGGAUGUAAAGUGACUGGAACUCUCAUUUACUGCUAGUGAGGAUGUAAACUGCAACAACUGCUUUGGGAAACUGGCCAUGUCUGCUGAAGCUAAACAUAGCCAUACCACCCUAUAACCCAGGAAUCCAACUCCUAGGUAUAAUCCCAGUAGAAACGAGUACAUGGCGUUCGCCAAAAGUCAUGCACAAGAGUGUUCACAGCAGCUUUAUUCAUAAUAGCCCAAAAUUGAAAACACUAUAUGUCCAUCAGCAGUAGAAUGGAUAAAUACAUUGUGGUAUAUUCACAUAAUGGAAUACUGUAUGAAAGUCAGAAUGAACUAAUUAAACUAUAUAAAUGUAGAGCUAAAGAAACUAGACACAAAAAAAGAACCAUCUGUAUGGUUCCAUUUAUAUAAAAUGCAAAAGCAGACAAAACUAGUCCAUGCUUUUAAAACUCAGAGAGUGAUAACCCUUCAGGGUUGUGCCUGGGAGGAGGUUGCUGAGGGCUCAUAAUAUUCUGUUUUUGAUCUGGGUGAAAAAUUAGUUUUUCACACUUGAGAAAAGUAAUUGAUGUGCGUAAUUCUUCAUAUGUAUAUAAUACAUCAAUUAAAAAUUACUUAAA